CAUGCCGGUAAAAGUGCUUUCUUCCGACGAUUGGUUUGAAAUUGUGCUGGUCAAACAAACAACGUCCUCCAUCACCUUCCAGUGGACGUUCCGCAAUCCGCUCGACGUGCCGUACGAUCUGUUCAAGGUGGAAAAGUGCUACAGCGUCAAGCGCGAUCGCUGGGAAACGGUGUACUGGGGUGCGGCCACAACCCUCACGGUGCGCUGUCUGGAGCAGAACCUAUGCUACUCGUUCCGUGCCAGCAUCCUGCAUCAACCAUCGGACGGUGCCGACUUCCAGUACGCCUAUCAAUCGCCCAUCUUCAAGGCAAGCACCCUGCCGAACAUUCCCUCAACGAUGGGCCUUUAUCGGGCGGUGAAAAAAUGUCAACCAGGGCUUGUGAAGCGGCUACUGUUUACACGCCCCGAGCUGGUUAAUGUGCCCGUGCACGGAGAAACGUUUCUCUAUCUGGCUGUUCGGAGCAAUAGUCUCGAGCUGGUGAAUGCACUGCUCGAUGCUGGGGCUAACAUUGAUCUGGGUGUGCCGGAAACAGGCGUGACGCCACUCCAUCUGGCCGUGUACCAACGCAACCUGACGCUGGUGCGUCAUCUGAUCGAGCGGGGUGCCAAUGUGCAUGCACAAAACUGUGUUGGCAUGACCGUGGGACACUGCGCGGUUGACGCUGAUGACCUGACGAUGCUCAAGUACGUGCUAACGCAGGGCAUUAGUCAGGAGACGCGCGAUCGCUGCCAGUGGACGUUGAUCUUUCGCGCGCUGUACAUGCGCUCCUCGGUAGAUAUCGUACGACACCUGCUGGAACGGAAGUGCCGGCUGAAGGUGAAGGACCGGCUGAGGCUGACACCGCUGUACUACGCUCAAAUAUGGGGACAGGAGGAGGUUCUGCGACUGCUGAGAAGAAGACUUAAGAUCUGAGGCAGCAUUGCACAAUAAUGUUCCAUGGGGAAUCCACCAAAGACUUACAUACCUUAACCUUGAAGGUAAUUUUAAAUAAAAUCGAGUGAUUUUUUCAGAAAAUUUUCAACUUUAUUUACAA